UUGCAUACAAAUCACGUUCUUCCCUUUUUAUUUUUUAGUGUGAUGUUAAUGCCGAUAUGGGAAUAGGAAAAGCAGUAGAAACACAGGUCUGCAAAUAGCGGUAUUCAUCAACUAUAUAUUAAUACGGAGAAAGGUCCCCAACAAUUGCACCAUGAGAAGAUAAGAGAAACAAGACAAUCAACAAGUUGAGAUUUUUGUAGCUCUAAUUGAAGCACGGAAUUCCCUUUGUGUUAUCUUCACAUAUCCUCUCCUCCCUUACCCUAAAUACCAACCAAAGAAAUUAAUUUCAAGACUUGACACAAAGACCCUUUUUAUAUUUUCUUGUAUUAGCAUUAGUUUUUCACAUCGAGAGAGAGAGAGAUUCAGAGUUUAAACAACAUCUCUCUUUCCUCUUUUAUCUCCCAAAAUGGCAAGUUAUGUUCUAUCAGAAUGUGGUGUUAGACCACUUGCAAGAAUCUACCCAAAGCCUAGAACAACAUGUGUACCUUCAGCCACCACAAAUAUUAAUCUUUCAAAAUCAAGAAUCACACAUACAGAUCUGAGAGUUUCUUUAUUGAAUAAUAAAGAAAGAAACUGGGCAUUAAGGGUAAGUACCCCACUUAGGAUCCAAACUGUGGGAGAAGAAGAUAAUAAACAAACUGAGAAAACAAACAACAACAAUAAUAAUGGUGAAUUCUUUGACCCUGGGGCACCACCACCAUUUAAGUUGUCUGAUAUCAGGGCAGCUAUUCCUAAGCAUUGUUGGGUUAAGAAUCCAUGGAAGUCUAUGAGUUAUGUUGUGAGAGAUGUUGCUAUUGUCUUUGGGCUGGCUGCUACAGCUGCUUAUUUCAAUAAUUGGGUUGUGUGGCCUCUUUAUUGGUUUGCUCAAAGCACUAUGUUUUGGGCUUUGUUUGUUCUUGGUCAUGAUUGUGGGCAUGGGAGCUUUUCAAACAACCAUAAGUUGAAUAGUGUUGCUGGACAUAUCCUUCAUUCUUCCAUUCUUGUUCCUUACCAUGGAUGGAGAAUAAGCCAUAGGACUCAUCAUCAGAACCAUGGACAUGUUGAGAACGACGAGUCAUGGCAUCCUUUACCUGAGAACAUAUACAAGAGUCUAGAUGAUGCCACAAAGAAAUUGAGAUUCACUCUACCCUUCCCCUUGCUUGCAUAUCCUUUCUAUCUGUGGAGUAGAAGCCCUGGAAAGAAAGGUUCUCACUUUGAUCCAAGCAGUGAUUUGUUUGUCCCAAGUGAGAAGAAAGAUGUGAUCACUUCAACUUUGUGCUGGACGGCAAUGGCUGCAUUGCUCGUCGGUUUGUCCUUUGUCAUGGGUCCUGUCCAAAUGCUUAAGCUCUAUGGCAUCCCCUAUUGGGGCUUUGUCAUGUGGCUGGAUUUAGUUACCUAUUUGCAUCACCAUGGCCAUGAUGAUAAACUUCCUUGGUAUAGAGGACAGGAAUGGAGUUAUCUCAGAGGAGGGCUUACAACGCUUGAUCGCGAUUAUGGAUGGAUUAACAACAUCCACCAUGACAUAGGGACACAUGUGAUACAUCAUCUCUUCCCUCAAAUACCACACUAUCAUUUGGUGGAAGCAACUGAAGCUGCUAAACCAGUGUUAGGGAAAUAUUAUAAGGAGCCAAAGAAGUCAGGGCCUCUACCAUUUUAUUUGUUGGGAUAUCUCAUAAAAAGCAUGAAGGAGGAUCACUAUGUUAGUGACACUGGGGGUGUAGUAUAUUAUCAAGCUGAUCCCAACCUUUCUGGCUCUCAGAAAUAGUAUACCAAAAUGCCAGUUAGGCAGGUGAUUCUUUUUCACUAACAUUAUGGCCAUUGGAAGACCCAUUCAAGUGAGUAAAUUUGGCUCCCAUUAAAGAAUGGGCAGGGCAUAUAAAAUUCCUAUAGAAGAGCAGUUUAAAUUGUUGCCAUAGUGUAAUAAUUGAGUGGAGAAAGGAUUAUUGUCUUCAGGACCUUAUAAUCCUCCUGUUGGGUAGGCCAGGAAAGUAUAUUAUUUUGUAAUUCUUGAUUCUGAAAUGAUUAUAAAAAGGUACUCAGUCCCACCA